AUUAGCAUCUCUUCUCCUUCUUCUUCUUCUUCUUCUUCUUCUCCUUUUCCCGCAUUUUCUCCCCUUCCCCCAGAUUUUCUCUGAUUCUUUUCUUUUGAGUAUUCAAUGGGGAGAGAUGAUGAAACAGAGACGUACAUUACAGUCCCCAGCUUCUUCAAAUGUCCUAUAUCUCUAGACGUCAUGACAUCUCCGGUCAGCCUCUGCACCGGCGUCACCUACGAUCGAGCCAGUAUCCAGAGAUGGCUCGACGGAGGCAACAACACUUGUCCCGCUACUAUGCAACUCCUCAAUACUCAUGACUUCGUUCCCAACCUCACUCUUCAACGUCUUAUCCAUAUCUGGUCCCACUCUCUCGGCUCCCGUUACCCCCGCGGUGGUGAUGGCUCUCCGUCUGUUGAAUUAGUUCCGACCAAGGAAGAAAUCAACCAGUCGUUGAAGAGAUUGAUGAGUUUCGAGAAAGACGAUAUUGAGGAGAUUUUGACGAAGAUCGUUCGGUUCGUGAAGGAUUCGGAUUCGAACAGAGAGUUUCUCGCGGCGAGGAAGAUGGAUUUUAUACCAAUGCUCGUUGAUAUCAUACGCUCUAAGAAGAUGGAGCUAGCUCUUAUGGCGAUUAAGAUUUUGGAUACGAUCAAACCAGAUCGCGAAAUGUUAUCGAAUCUGAUGCUGGCGAAUAACGACGACGACGGCGGAGAUUGUUUACCGACGAUUCUCUUAGCGAUCCGACGAGGGAAUCUACAAUCGAAGAUCGAAUCCGUUAGGGUCUUGGAUCGGAUCUCAUACGACGCUAAAUCGAAGCUCUUAGUCGCGGAACGUGACGGCGUUUUAACAGAGAUGAUCAAAUCCAUCAGUGUCACCGAGUCAGAUCCGAGUUUGAUCGAAGCGUGUUUAUCUUUUCUAAUCACAAUCUCGAAAUCGAAACGAGUUAGGUCGAAACUAAUCGCCGCGAGAACAAUCACCAAAAUCAAAGACAUUCUCAUGACCACUACGGAGACGUUAUCGACGAGCGUCUCGGUGACGGAGAAGUCUCUGAAGCUGUUGGAGACUCUGUCGUCGAAGCGAGAAGGGAGAGCGGAGAUCUGCGGCGACGACAACGGCAGAUGCGUCGAAGGAGUAGUGAACAAGCUGCUGAAAGUGUCGACCACGGCGACGGAGCACGCGGUGACGAUACUGUGGUGUCUGUGCUACGUGUUCAGGGAAGACAAGAAGGCGGAGGAAGCGGUGGAGAGGAGUAACGGAGUGACGAAGCUGUUGGUGGUGAUACAGAGCAACUGCUCAGGGAUGGUGAGACAGAUGGCGAAAGAUCUGAUUAAAGUGUUGAAGAUUCAUUCAUCAUCUGCUUUGUCUGCUUAUGAGACCAAGACUACUCAUAUCAUGCCUUUUUGAAAAUUUUAAAGUAAAAUUGUGUUACUAUCAUAAACUAUUUUGAAACGUAGUAGAGAUAUUUGUAAAUUCAUUAGACAAGUUUUGUUACCAUUA